UAGCCCCUGCUGCUGACAUGGCAUUAAAUAAUAAAUAAAUAAAUCACAACAUGUUAUAUGUAAGAUAAUAUGUGUAUUAUAAUGAACUUAUAAUCUGCUAUAAUAUGGCGGUCGUUCUGGACCAGGAACACAACUAGCUAUCAUGAAAUGAACACAACAGGAGGGUAAAUGCUACAGGCUACAAUGGCAGUUAGUGUAACGUGUUAUGUAGUGUUUCAGGCAACGACAUGGCUUCAGCUAAGUCUCACAAAGGCAUGAGUAAUGCUGAAUGGCUUGCGCGUCUGGAGAGUUUUGCCCAAACAGGAGUUUGGCCAUCUACACAGGGGAAUAGACCUUCUCCCCGACAAAAACGAUGGCAUGAGAUGUAUCAGAAGAUAGAAAAGUGCCCUCUGCAAAUGAGGGGACAGACCACUCUUCUGAAGGAAGCUCAGACAUGUAUUUGUGGCUUUCACAAGGUUCAUCCACCAGUCACAGGGGAAGCAUCACAGAGCACCCCGGCCCAAAGCACACCCUCUGUCAGCGAUGUGUCAUGUCCUGCAAAGAGACCUAAACUGACAUUGUCAAUGUUUGAAAAGUCAAGGUUUGGAGGCUCACAUGUGGCAGCAGCAAAACCUAAUUUGAGCACCCAGAGGAAAACCUCUCAGAUGUUAGAGCACUCCAGUUCAGCUACAGUUUCAUGUCCACCCUCUGAUCCUCAUCCUCCUCCAUCCCCCAAACCUCAUCAGCCCGUCAUCCAGUCCUCCUCUUCCUUCUUCCUUCCUCCACCUCAGAGUUCACAACGCAUCAAAAAAACAGCAACGCCAUCAACUGUUUCUGAGAAUACUGUUGUGAGGAGCCCAGUCUCAUCUCAGCCAGAAGAUCUCCCCCUUCUGUGGCCACAGACAAUGCCACAGCAAGACCAGAAGUGGGUGUCAGAAGCACUUUUUAGGGUUGGUGCAAAGGGAAAGCUGGAGCUGCGUGAAAACCUACAGUUGUGGUAUCACCCCCCACCACCAGCCCUGUUGUACCACCAAGCUCCAACACCUGAUAGGUUUUUUUCACAGCGUCUCUUGCUCUGGAUGCCAUAUAAGCUGUGGAAGGUGCGGCUCCAGUGUACUAACCCUGCCUGUGCCAGGCAACAGCUGUGUGGUGGUGGACUGCACAGGAGGGUACGACAGGUGUUAGACAUUGACAGAUACUACAACCUGGUGACAGAGACCCUGAUCUGCACCAGGUGUAGAACCAGCUAUCUGUCCUGGAGUCAAGCUGUGCUGCAGCAGUUGGACCUGGCCCAUCGAUCUGAAUUCAGGGUCAUCCUCACACGCAAGUAUGCCUGUGACAUUCGGGUUCUUCGCUUGCUGCGUGAGAGGGGCAUGGGGAAUGGCCCAGUGAGGAUCAUCGGCCAGCUGAGAGAGAACCACAGUGAGGAGUGGUUGAAACGUGCGCUUCGGUACACAUCAGAGUGUGUGGCCUUUUUUGAUAAUCGUGGCCUGCAUCCGCUGCACUUCCAGGAGCCACCACCACUUGCUUCAGUACCCAGCUACAAAUGGCUCCUCACUGUAUAUAGUCAGGACAUUCUCAACAGGCUCGAUCACAUAAAGGCCAGCAUAACAUCCACGUAUGGAUCAAUCUUAAAAAUGGAUUCAACUAAGAAGAUCACCAAGAAGUUGAGCGGGCCUGCGAAAGGCACAGCACAGUGGCUUACCUCAGUGGGCAAUGAGAUAGGUCAGGUGCUGAUGAGUGUCCUGACUGCGAAUGAAGGGGCUGGGUUAGACCUCAUGGCUGCAGGGCUCAUGGAGCGAUACCGGAGUGCUGGUGUUGAUCCUCCCACUAUCAUUUAUGUGGACUGUGAUUGUUGCAAGAAAGUGGGAGAGACUAAAUUGAAGAGGCGGUUCAGCGGCUGGCCAGAUGUCAUCGUCCGCCUAGACAUUUGGCAUUUUAUGCGACGUCUGGCAGUAGGGUGCACCACUGACGCCCACCAGUUGUACCCUACUUUUAUGGCAAGGCUGUCAUCCUGUAUUUUUGAGUGGGAUGCAGGGGAUCUCACUCUGCUGAGACAGGCCAAAAGGGAGCAACUCAUCCAACAGGGCUGGCCUACUCUGUCGGAGGCAGAACUGGACCAUCAUUUAACUAAAGCUGAGCUGCUCCAGCACUGCAGGAGGAGAACACGGGAGAAGAAACCACUUUCCGCCUCCUUGAUAUGCUCACCAGAGAGCUCAUGGGUGGCAAGGGGAAUGAUGCUCUUGGUGUUCCUCUACUUGACAGUGUGA